GAAUUCUCUAUACUCUUUUUUGCGUUCCUGAAAGCAAGUCAUCUGAGUAGUAGUCGAACCUUUACUUUUUAAGUUGGCAUCAUGAGUACCCAGGUGACCGGUACUUGGAACAUCGAUCGUUCAGCCGCGAGCUUAGUCUCUAUCGCAAAAGGUGCUUUGGUAGCAGCAGCGACCGAUAAUGUACAAGCAAUCGCUAUAAUCGCGUGCGAGAAAUUCGGAAAUACGUUAGCGAUGUGUGAUAGCACGAUCAACAUCAUCCAGGCCAAUGUCGUCCCACCUCCCACGGCCCCGAUGCUCCGAUUCUUGAAAUCCUAUGUUGGAUUUCCAGAACACGAUUCCGCGUCACAACUAAGCCAGUCUCAUGCGGGACUGCGGUUUUUGUGCCUUGCUGCGGCUCUAAUAACGUCCAUGGAAAUACAUGUCGCUAAAGAGGCGCUGCAUGCGAUGUUGAAAAGCACCACUAAAGACUCCGAUUUCCUUCCAUCGCCCAGACUUCUCAGGGACCUUCUUAGAGCAUUGGAGCCAAGAUGUGCGGCUUCCGGAUUCACAGACCUCACCCUUCGUUGGUAUUCGAGGUUGUGCUCCCAGGUGGGAAUGAUCCCGGCCGUACAACCUGGUGAUCCGAGUUUAGCUGGUGCUUUCCCUGAUCCAGAUGGAAUCAGGGAUCUGAUAGAUGCCUUUCGCCAGCUUGAACGCAUUGGAGAAGCUACUGUGACCAGAAUAAUUAUCAAAAGUAGAGGAUGUACAGCCUGGGUAGCCUCCUUCACCGAAUGGUGUCUCGGUAGGCCUCCUGCUGUUUUCACUCACGAUGGACGGAAAAUACUGGACCAAGAUCAUCAUGACGUUUGCAUCAUUCACUAUCCGCCUGGAGAUUUACGCGAUCGUUCCGCAGCUUUCAAGGUUGAGGUUGACCACUCGGUCCGGGCUUUUGAAGAGAUGGUGAUUGAGAACACUAUCACAUCCAACCACACCGUCAGUAUGCGAUGGAGAGGUAUGCCUUCGAUCGAUCAAUACGGUAAAUGGCUACUCCAGCAUAAUGGGCUAGACGUGGGCAACAGCCGAAGAGCAUUCGAACAGUUAAUUCCAUACGCUCUUGACCAAGUUAUUUCCAAGUUGAGAUUUUCGAGUUAUUGCCCAUUUGAUCGUGACAGAGAACUCGCGCCCUGGUAUUGGGAGGAGUUUGAAAGGGACUCGAUCGCAAACCAGCCGGAGCCGGAAUGCAUCAACGAUCUCCGUACCCACCCUAUUCCUACGACUGAGGAAAUUCUACCACUGCUUCGGCGCUUGACUGGGAUGACCAAUGUACAGACCAAUGUACAACAAAAGCCACUGAGAGAAGUGCGUCUUAUUGAUGAAUUGCCGCUUGUGGUGCAUCAUCUUAGGGAGUUGCAAAAGAGUUGCGGUUGUUCUACGUGUCCAAAUGUGCUGUCUUCCGAAGAUCCUGUGCUUCAGUAUUGCAAACGCGAAGCAUUUCUCAACAAAAUAGUAGUUGUCCUUGCUGAUAUUCUAGCUCUUUCUCUGUUUGUUUUCCCUGAUGACCUUCGUAUUCGAAUCCCCGUACGCCAUCACCAGAACGAACGUCAUCCAUUUGCAGAGGCUAUAUUCAGCAUUCUUAAAUCGGGCCAGCGUUUGAUCGUCAAACAUCACGACUUGCUAGAUUGGGCAUUGGCGUUAGUCGGCCAUGACGUUAGCAACGAGCUCAAGGCUGAUAAAUGGGCUGCGUCAUCUGGCAUGGGCCAGGCGGUGUGGCCUGCUAUCUUUGACACGCUCUGUCCGACGAAAUCCUGGUUCUUAUCCCUCAAAUUCUGCCGCGGCGUCUUCCAGCAUAAAGGGGAACUGUACACCAUGGUCGAGGCGCUUGCAAAUGAUGGGGAGGUGGACAUUGAGGAAAGCCAGAAUCCUGUAAUUGAAUUCCAGAACCGUUUCCCCAACUUGAGAGCGGAAUGGAGAGUUCAAGUCAGUGAUGACAUUCUGAAAGUUGGUCUAGGAUUGUCUAGUUCUCGUGGCCAAUUGAAGUAUGCAACGGUCUCACCAGCCCGAGCUUUGGCCAACCUGUCGAGCGCAUUGAUGGCUGAGAGCUGUUCUCAUAGUUCUGACGAAGCUCUCGAGCGUCCUAACCCGUUCGUCACUUACGGACACCCAAUCGAUCCAGGGAAACUCAUUCGUUGUGAGAGUUAUAGGGUAGGCUAUGUAGGUGUUGUUGCGGUCAGUGAUAUGGACGAUCUUCGGUUUCUCUCUCUUGCCUGUGGCGAUAGGUACUCCUCUGUCGUGAUACGGAAACAUGCGUGUUUUUCAUGCUGUUUGCGGAUUUGUAGGAACACCUCAUAUCCCAUUCUUAUUCUUUAGCAGUUUCUAUCUAUCAUAUGGUUUAAGUGUGGCUUUUUCUUCACAUCCGUACCGAUUACGUAUACAUUGGAACUUGUAACAUACGGAGCAAAGAACAACGCGUGAUUGCAUGGAGGAUCUUUGCAACUAUGUAUAUAAAUUAGGCACCUACCUGUUGUUCUGUUCGCUCCAUUGUGAUGCCCGCUACAUAGUGAGGUAUAGUUCUUAUCCUACGAUAUGUAUAAUUCCACACAAG